CCUAUCCCCCUGCUGGGGAAGAAACCAAAAUCCCUAAACACCACCAUGGACGUAGUUAAUUUAUCUCCUUCCAAUUCCAACACCACCAUUCCGGUAGUGGCAACCCUCCCCGCUUACGGGUCGGACUCUUCCACCCGGAAGCCCAUCAGCUUGUGGCCCGGAAUGUUCCACUCUCCGGUGACCCAGGCGCUGUGGGAAGCCAGGUCCCACAUGUUCGAGAGGCUCCUGGACCCACCACUCGACGCUCCUCCGCAGAGCGAAUUGCUGAACAAGACUCCGUCACAGAGCAGGACUACAAUUCUCUACAAUUUUUCGUCUGAUUUUAUACUGAGGGAGCAGUACAAGGAUCCCUGGAAUGAGGUCAGAAUUGGCAAGCUGCUGGAAGACCUUGAUGCUUUAGCUGGAACCAUUUCUGUCAAGCACUGCUAUGCUAGUGAUACCACCACAAGGCCACUCUUACUGGUCACUGCAUCUGUUGACAAAAUUGUCCUGAAGAAGCCAAUUAGUGUUGACAUUGACCUGAAAAUAGAUGGUGCUGUCAUAUGGGUUGGAAGAUCAUCUAUUGAGAUCCAACUUGAAGUUACUCAAUCAACAGAAGGCUGUGACAAUUCAGGCUCAUUAGCCCUUUCAGCCAACUUCAUAUUUGUGGCUCGUGACUCUAAGACUGGGAAGGCAGCUCCAGUUAAUAGGCUCUUACUGGAAACUGAAAGAGAACAAUUGCUUUUCAAGGAAGCUGAAGCUAGAAAUAAUCUGAGGAAGAGAACAAAAGGAGGACAUAAAAGGGAUUUUGAGAAUGGAGCAAUCAGUAGACUUGAAAGCCUGUUGGCUGAGGGAAGGAUAUUCUGUGAUAUGCCUGCCUUGGCCGAUAGAGAUAGCAUUCUUCUGAGGGAUACCAGCUUAGAGAACUCGUUGAUCUGCCAACCACAGCAGAGAAACAUCCAUGGUCGGAUUUUUGGAGGAUUUUUAAUGCACAGAGCAUUUGAAUUGGCUUUCUCCACAGCUUAUGUCUUUGCUGGCCUGGUGCCUUGCUUUCUAGAAGUUGAUCAUGUUGACUUCUUAAGGCCUGUGGAUGUUGGAGAUUUCCUGCGUUUCAAAUCUUGUGUUCUCUACACAGAAGUUAAUCCAGAUCAGCCUCUAAUUACAAUUGAAGUUGUUGCUCAUGUCACCAGGCCUGAGCUCAGGUCCAGUGAGGUGUCAAAUACAUUUUAUUUUACUUUCACCGUACGUCCCGAGGCAAAGGCCACAACAAAUGGAUUUAGGAUUCGGAAUGUGGUUCCGGCAACAGAAGAGGAAGCACUGCGUAUACUGGAGCGCAAGGAUGCUCAGGCGUUGCUUUCAUCAACAGUUGUUACUAAAUAAACACGUAACAUGAGAAUUUCAAACUAUGUAACACAAAAGGUAGUGUAGGGUCAUAAUCCAUAUUGGAAUAUUGUGAAAUAAAACCUAGAGGAAAUGUAACUCUACUCAGAUGAGUAAGCAUAAACAUGAUGUGAUCCUUAAAAAUGUACGAAAGACGGGCCUGUAUAUGUCCGAGUUACAUCUGUAUUUGGAUGUAUUGCAGGUCUUGAAGGACAUAUUAAGUACAGUAUACCAGAUGAUCUGACUAUUAUUCAUUUGAA